CCUGCGAGAAACCUUCAAUCGAGACGUACUAUCAACAAGUAUCCUCACGCCGCCCAGGCGAAGAGAACCAUGUCUCACAAAGGGAUGCUCGAGAAGUGGGCGCUGGCAAUCGAGCACCACGAAGCCCGUGAUUACGAACUUGCAGUGAAGACGAUCGAGAAGAACGACCCCACCGCGAAAGGCUACUUCAACAUUGGCAUGAUCCACUCCAUGUUCGGAUGGCACGGCGAAGCGGUGACUGCAUUCAUACGCGCCGUGACGAAAGAUCCAGACCUAGCGAUCGCCUGGUUUCAAUUGAGCGUAUGCAACUUCCUGCUCGGCGAGUUUGAAGAAGCUGCCUUGAACGCAAACGAAUGCUACGCGAAGAUGCGCGGAAAUCCAGUGAUCGACUACCAGCAACUCGGCCUCGACCACAAGCUGCACUCGUGCGAGGUAUUGUACAACCGCGGCAUCUGCUCAAUUUACGAUGGAGCUGAGGAAGAGGGUAUCGAGGAUCUUAUCUGGGCGGCGGAGGCGGUAACAUUGGAUGAACACAAAGCUAUCCGUGAAGCGAUUGAGGCCAAGGGAAAGCACUGCACCGUCUUCUCUGUCGGCGCCGGAAACCUCUUCCGUCCACCGAAAUACAAGAUCGAGAACCUCCCCGAGAUUGACUAUCUUGGAACGUCAAGACUGAUUCAUGCCGAUGAUCCUGAGGACCACGACACUGGUUUCACGGGUCACCAACAAUUGCAUAGAAUGCUCUCCAGAUCAGUCAGCGCACCGUGAGAUAGUGGCGUGGGUGUAGAUGCAACCGUGUGGCAUUCAUUUUUGAUUCUGUAAAUGGCAAAGACGGUGCGGGUUCUAGCG